GUUCUAAGGCAGAUGGAGGUGCCAGUUGUACGUUGUCUCUAGCUCUGGGUAGUACCUCAGCAUGCCGCCUGUUUGACACGUUUAACAGUUGUCCCGGAGAAGGCUUUACAUCUUAAAUUACCGGAAGGCUCCUGGUUUUUGGCGGAAAAGGAAGAGCUGAAGAACAAUUGUAACAGUUGGAGAAAUUACUGAUAACCCUCCUCUCAGCUCACACAAACCGCCGAAACGGAAGGCUUUGGAGUAUUCAAUUUUUUUUUUCGUUGUAUGUUUUUUCUCUUCCUUAUCGUGGUGCUGGGAGGUGCUUCAUCUUUUCAUAUAUUCGCUCUCUCCAUCAUUUGCCUCCUCAUUUAUUUCUCCAUCUACCUGCUGUACAAUUUCCUCUAUUUAUGAGUGAGAGAGAGAGGAGGGGGAGUUUUUAUUUUCAUUUUGAGACUUUUUUUCUUUCCUGUCUCUUUCCUCUCUCCCUCCUCACCAUUCCAUCCUUUUUGAUCCUUAUUCCUUUCCUUCUCUCCUCUACCCUUUUCCACCAGUUCUCCACAGCACAUUCCUCUCCCUCUCUUUCUCUGUCUUUAAACUCAGAUGUAAAUUAACUUGGACUGAAUUUUUUUUAAAGAAAGAGACAACUAAACAGCAACUCUUCUUCAAUGACUCCUUUUCCCCCAUUUUCCUUCUCUUCCUCCUCUGGUCCUUCCUCACCCACAUCCUAUGCAUCACAAUUUUGCAGGAUUCUUAAAUUGGUAACUCUAGGUAGGUUUACUAUUGUUUAGUGUCUGUCUAUCUGUCUGUCUGUGUGUGUAUUUGUGUGUGCUUUACGUAUACAUAAAACACACAUACACACACACUCACACACUAAACUAUGGCGAAAAGGAGAGAGAUUAUAUCUGGUACUCAUAGUCAGUUGAUGUUGGUCUCACAAUUCUCCCAUGCCCAUUCUUUCGCCGCGUCAGUUCAGUCAAACUUCAUCCAUUUUUAAUUGUUGUCUUUGAGGAAUACAGUUAUCUAUCUUGCCGUUUUCUCUGUCUCGCCUUAUACAUUGCAUUUCUCAUAUGUACCUGAUGCCAUUUUGAGUCUUAAUUGGAAUAUUAGCACAAAAUGACUACGUUUUGCCUGAAGUUUUGACUUGUGAUUUAGCAAACUAUGUAUUUGGACAGAAACUUGAAAACUGCCAGUGUUGGGUAAGGUAUUAUUGGAUCCUAUGGUUCUUUCUGGUUGUUUGACAUAUCACGGUUAAUGUUUGAUUUUCAAUUUCUUUCAUUCAGCUGGUCCAUCAUCUGUAUGUAGCUUUCUCACCCCCACCCACCCACUUGCCCCCUCUCUCUCUCUCUCUCUCUCUCUCUCUCUCUCUCUCUCUCUCUCUCUCAAUUAUUGACACGCACACAUUACCCAAAAGUACUAAACGUCCCAUACCAAUUUCCCUUUUCGUUUUCAAUUCUGUUUGUUUCUGCAUCCCCCUCCUUAUUUCGGUUUGAUGUUUUUUCAACUAGAAUGGACAGUUCUCCAUUAAUUGUCUCUGGAGCUGUUUCUUCCCCUUCCUUGUAUUCCACCUCUCUUGUAUCUUAAAAGGCACGUAAAUCAGGAAAGGCUUCCGGGCUUAGUUGUUGAAAAGUAGAUGAAAAAGCUUGUAAAGCCUUGGCUUGCGACACAUCUGAAGACCGCUGUUCACAGUGUGUGUGUAGGUUUGAAAUAGUGACAGACUGAUAGACAGAUAAGAAUAGAAAUCAGUAGGAGAAGAAUGUUGUUCAUCUCAUUGCUUUCCAUCUCUCUCUGUCAAAUUCCCCUGUUAUUUAUGAUGGUUCUUCUCAGCAUCUGAGUUGUAUGUCUUAUGGGAGGUCCCUUUUCAAUCAUCAACAUCACCAGUUCACCCAAAAUAAGUUAUUAAUGUAGCCCUUGUGUGUCCAUUGGAAACACACACACACACACACGCACACAGUUUAUGGCAAACAAUUUCAAUCAAUAGCAUUUACAUCUUCAACUUUUGUCUUUUUUCUUCUUCUUGUGGAUUGUAAAGGGGAUUCAAUUCAAACAAACACCCCAUGUUUAUUGCUUUGAGCCGGAUUUCACCAUGAAGGACUAAGGAACCCACACCACAUUUUGUGUUUUCAAGUGGCAGCUCUGUCUUUACUGUUGUCCCACUCCUCUGAUCACCACUAAAUUAAUAAUGAGUUACAGACAAGAGUUAAAUAGUCUUGACAAAGACCCAACGUACAGACCGAUGAUGGUGACUAAAUAAACGAGGGGAGCGACAGAAGACACGGAAAAAGGGAAGGAGGAAGACAUGCUCUAAUCUCCGCAUUUCCACGGCAACCGUUGUUCACACACACACACACACACACACACACACACACACACACACACACACACACACACACACACACACACACACACACACACACACACACACACACACACACACACACACACGGAGUUGUCAGAGGAAACCUCGUCGCGCUGUAUCCUCCAGUGGAAGAAGACGGGAGGAUGAGUCAUACGACAGGAGACGAAUGAGAGAGCGCCUCGCCCCUCUCCAUUCGUCAUUUCUCUAUUUAUUUUUGGAGUUCUCCUUACACACUCAAACUUGACACACGCACACUUGUUCAAUCCCGGUGCUCAUCCCCCACUCCAUAAGCCCUCUUCACGUCUACUCCUCUCUGCACGGCUUCCUCUGUUCAUCCUUCCCUCCACCCGGUGCUAUGAGAGGAGUAGUUGGGUCCCAGACCACACCACCAUGCCAGUUCUGAAGAGUAGAGAGGAGAUCUGGGCUGGCAAUGUACAAGGUACUGCAUUUACACUCCUCCACGAUGCUUGUCAGCCUCCUCUCCCCCUCCCCACUCCAGGACAGGCGCGUCACUUCCUCCUUCCCCCUCCUCCUCCCGAACACACCUCUUCCCCUCAUCAGCACCCCCGGCUGGCCCUUCCCUCCCUCUCCCUCCCUCUCUCCCUAUCUCUCCUCCUCCUCUCCCUAUUCCUUCUGCCCAUCUGCGAGUCGGCGCGGUCGCCUGGGAGGGGCGGAGCUGGCCAGGGCGGAGGAGCACCAGGAGGUGCACCCGGGACGGGAGGAGCAGGAGGCGAGAAAGGAGGCCAGAGGGGCACAAACCUCAUCCCCCCUUUCUACCCCCCUUACUACCCCCCAGUAUCCCCCGCCCGGCCCCCUGCGCCCCCCAUACCUCCCAAAGUGGCCUCCUCUCUUAGCAUCGCCGUCAUCCUGGUGGGCAACUCUAGCGAGGUGUCGUCCACCUACGUGGAGAAAGAGGAGUUCCUCCAUGUUCCUCACCCUACCAAAGUCCAACUGGAGACCAUGAACGACACGGACCCCAAGAGUAUCAUCAACCGUAUCUGCACCCUGAUGACCAACACUUGGCUGCAGGGGGUGGUGUUCGGGGACGACACGGACCAGGAGGCCAUCGCCCAGAUCCUGGACUUCAUCUCUGCCCAGACACACAUCCCCAUCCUGGGCAUCCGAGGAGGCUCCUCCAUGGUCAUGGCUGCCAAGGACGACCACUCCAUGUUCUUCCAGUUUGGCCCGUCCAUAGAGCAGCAGGCCUCCAUCAUGCUGAAGAUCAUGGAGGAAUACGACUGGUACAUCUUCUCCAUCGUCACCACCUACUACCCCGGAUACCAGGACUUUGUCAACAAAAUCCGGAGCACCAUAGAGAACAGUUUUGUGGGCUGGGAGCUAGAAGAAGUCCUCCUGUUGGACAUGUCUGUGGAUGACGGAGACGCUAAGAUCCAGAACCAGAUGAAGAAGCUGCAGAGUCCUGUCUAUCUGCUUUACUGCACCAAGGAGGAGGCCUACACCAUCUUUGAGGUGGCAAACUCUGUGGGACUGACGGGAUACGGCUACACCUGGAUCGUACCGUCGCUAGUGGCCGGCGACGCCGAUAAUGUCCCCGCCAUGUUUCCCACAGGGCUAAUUUCGGUGUCGUAUGACGAAUGGGACUACAGUUUGGAGGCUCGGGUGCGGGAUGCAGUGGCUGUCAUCGCCAUGGCGACCUCCACCAUGAUGCUGGACCGGGGGCAACACACGCUGCUCAAGUCAGGCUGCAACGAGACCCCUAACAAGAAGGGCUCUAAACAAGGCAACUCCAAUGAAGUGCUCAAGUAUCUGAUGAACGUGACGUUCGAGGGACGUAACCUGUCGUUCAGUGAGGAUGGAUACCAGAUGCAUCCCAAACUGGUCAUCACCCUGCUAGACAAGCAGAGGCGCUGGGACAAGGUGGGUAAGUGGGAGAACAGCUCCCUGUCCAUGAAGUACCACGUGUGGCCCAGGUUCGAGCUGUUCUCCGAUGGGGAGGCCCGGGAGGACGACCACCUGUCCAUCGUGACGCUGGAAGAGGCUCCCUUUGUCAUCGUGGAGGACGUGGACCCCCUCAGUGGCACCUGCAUGAGGAACACCGUGCCGUGCAGGAAACAGCUUAAAAUACUGAACCAGACAGUACCUGGCCAGUACACCAAGCGCUGCUGUAAAGGUUUCUGCAUCGACAUCCUGAAGAAGAUCGCCAAGCAGGUCAAGUUCACCUAUGACCUCUACCUGGUCACCAACGGAAAGCACGGCAAGAAGAUCAACGGCACCUGGAAUGGAAUGAUCGGGGAGGUGGAGCAGAAGAAGGCCCACAUGGCCGUGGGGUCGCUCACCAUCAACGCGGAGAGGUCCGAGGUCAUUGACUUCUCCGUGCCCUUCAUCGAGACGGGGAUCAGUGUCCUGGUCUCCCGUAGCAACGGCACUGUCUCCCCCUCCGCCUUCCUUGAGCCGUUCAGUGCGGACGUGUGGGUGAUGAUGUUUGUGAUGCUGCUGCUCGUGUCGGCGAUUGCUGUGUUUGUGUUUGAGUACUUCAGCCCGGUCGGCUACAACCGCUGCCUGGCAGACGGACGAGAGCCCGGUGGCCCCUCCUUCACCAUCGGCAAGGCCAUCUGGCUGCUGUGGGGCCUGGUUUUCAACAACUCUGUUCCCGUCCAGAACCCUAAAGGCACCACCAGUAAGAUCAUGGUGUCGGUGUGGGCCUUCUUCGCUGUCAUCUUCCUGGCCUCCUACACUGCCAACCUGGCUGCCUUCAUGAUCCAGGAGGAGUAUGUGGAUCAGGUGUCGGGCCUCAGCGACAAUAAGUUCCAAAAACCCAAUGCCUUCUCGCCGCCAUUUCGUUUCGGAACGGUGCCCAACGGAAGCACAGAACGGAACAUCCGCAACAAUUACCCGGAGAUGCACCAGUAUAUGACCAGCUUCCAUCAGAAGGACGUGAACGAGGCCCUGGCAAGCCUCAAGGGAGGUAAAUUGGAUGCCUUCAUCUACGAUGCUGCUGUGUUGAACUACAUGGCCGGGAGGGACGAGGGCUGUAAACUGGUGACCAUCGGCAGCGGGAAGGUGUUCGCCACCACCGGUUACGGCAUCGCCAUCCAGAAGGACUCUGGCUGGAAGAGAGCAGUGGACCUGGCCAUCCUCAUGCUGUUCGGCGAUGGUAAAGCUUCAGCUGACAUGCGAUCGUAG